AUGCGUGCAGUUGCCCUGCUGCAAGCGGCCGUCGUGUGGUUCCUGGCAAAUCCUGCCGCAGCGGAGUCCACGGCAGCACUGGACGUUUGCCAAAAUGAGGCUACUUGCCAGCAUCCCCCUCUCGCCGGUGAUGAGAUGUCAACCCUGCAAUCGGAGAUGAGUGCAUUGACCAAGCCGGAAAAGGUGCACGAGAAGUUGAGCAAGAAGAAGCAGAAGAAGGCAGUCAUCAAGCAAGUGCGGAAGCGAAAGUUGAAGAAGUCCCUGAAGGACGCGUGGAAGCACAGGCUGGAUGACGAUGUUUCGGCCUUGCAAUCCGACUUGAGUGCAUCGACCAAUCCGGAGAAGAUCCAGAAGAAGUUGAACAAGAAGAAAGCCAAGAAGGAAGUCAUCAAGCGGGCGCGCAAGCGCAACUUGAAGAACGGCCUGAAGAAGGCAUGGAAGCAGAGGCUCCAUGAGGAUUGA